GCCUUUAUAAGGGCCGACAGGGCGGCAGUCGGUACCAAAGUCUUCUCACCAUGGCUAGGCUCAUCACCUUCAUCGCUCUCGUGUGCAUCUGCCUGGCGGCCGCCAUGAUGGUCGCCGGCGAGCACAAGCCGCCGCCACACAAGCUGGCCAAGAGGGCCGGCAAGUGGAGCAUCUCCAAGGCCCCCGGCAGCCCCACCAAGCGCGGCACGCUCAAGGGCCCCCACGGCUCGGAGCUGCACAAGACCGAAGACGACAGCGGCACCAAGACCACCGGCAAGCUGUUCAAGGGCAAGCCCGCCCGGUACGUCUCCCCUCCUCGCGAGGGACAGCCCCACUCCGGCGGCGAAGCCAGCACCAGCAAGGGCAAGAAGAAGGGACACUAAUCAAAUCGCCGUUCAAUCCGACCCGUCAAUAAAAGCAUGAUGAUA